AUGGCAUGGCUCAAUGUCUUCCUCUUCUACCCCGUACCCGUUUGCCUGCUUCUGUGCGCACUCAUCGCCUUGGCUUCCUUCUAUUUGCCAAGCAGGAGGGCGGCUUUGGGGUUGCCACCAGGACCCACGCCUCUUCCCAUCAUCGGCAACCUGCAUUUGCUGGAUUUCAAAAGGCAAGACAAAACCAUCCUGAAGCUUGCCAAGAAGUACGGGCCAGUGUUCACCCUCCAUUUCGGAUUCCAGAAAGUGGUGGUCCUGACCGGCUAUGAAGCGGUGAAGGAUGCUCUUGUCAACUUCGCGGAGGAGUUCGUAGACAGGCCGGUGAUACCGAUAUUUCAACAGAUCCAGGGCGGAAAGGGGAUCUUCUUCUCAACCGGAGAGCUAUGGAGGGCAACCCGGAGGUUCAGUGCCUCCAGCAUGCGCAACCUUGGAAUGGGGAAGACGCGCAUGGAGGAGCACAUUCGGGAGGAACUCAACUUUCUUGUGGAGGACAUCAAGUCAUUCAAUGGUGAACCUUUCAGUCUCAGACACUUUAACCUCGCGCCGACCAACAUCACGUUUGUUCUUCUCUUUGGGGAGAGGUUCGACUACAAAGACCCAAUGUUCCUCACUCUACUACAACUCAUCGACGAUGUGAUGUGUCUCCUGGGAUCUCCAUUCUUGCAUCUGUUUAACUUCUACCCAUUCCUUGGGAUUUUUCUCAAGACGCACAAAAAGUUGCUCAAAAAAGUGGAAGACAUCCGCGUCAUCAUACGGGAUUACAUUAAGAAAAGCAGGGAAGAAGAAGAAGACAAUGGCAAGAGCCUCAGGAGCUACACCGAUGCCUUGGUCUCCAAGCAGAAAGAGGAAAUGGGCAAGAAGGACAACCUCUUUCAUGAGGACAACGUGGUAGCAUCCAUCCUCGAUCUUGUAAUGGCUGGAACAGAGACGGCGGCAACUACAAUGCAAUGGGUGGUUCUCCUGAUGAUGAAGUACCCAAAGAUUCAAAGUGA